AUGAAUGUCAUUAAGCUGCAGAAGAAAUACCCGCAGUUUCAGCAGGGCGAGAUCUUCGGGCUGCAGGAUGCCUUCCGCAAGCUCGACAUCGACGACAAGGGCUACCUCGACGAAGCCACCGUUAUAAAGGCAACGCAGCAGACGGAACACCAGCCCUACGACGUCGUGCGCCAGGCCCUGAAGGAGGUUGAGCUCGACAGCUCGCGGCGCGUAGAACUGGACGACUAUGUCGAUCUCAUCUCGAAGCUGCGACAGUCCUCGCCCGCCCAGCAGCGUAUGAACACUGGCCCGACCCGAUCAGCCGGUGGCAGCGUUCCAUCCACGCCCGGGCACGCCCACAAGACCAGCACCGGCGCCGGCGGUGGCAGGAUCCACGUCCAAGGCUCCUCCGCCAACGUCACCCACACCAUCAAUGAAGAUGAGCGCACCGAAUUCACCCGCCACAUCAAUGCCGUGCUCGCUGGCGACCCAGACAUUGGCGACCGCCUGCCCUUCCCGACCGACACCUUCGAAAUGUUCGACGAGUGCAAGGACGGUCUGGUGCUGAGCAAGCUGAUCAACGACAGCGUGCCCGACACCAUCGACGAGCGUGUGCUGAACAGGCCGGGCAAGAAGAUCAAGACGCUGAAUGCCUUCCACAUGACUGAGAACAACAACAUCGUCAUUGAAUCGGCCAAAGGUAUCGGGUGCUCGGUGGUAAACAUUGGUAGCGGAGAUAUCAUCGAAGUGCGAGAGCAUCUGAUCUUGGGAUUGAUAUGGCAGAUCAUUAGGCGGGGUUUGCUCGGCAAGAUUGACAUCAAGCUGCAUCCAGAGCUGUAUCGGCUUUUGGAAGAUGAUGAGACGCUUGAACAGUUCCUACGCCUGCCUCCGGAGCAGAUUCUGCUAAGAUGGUUCAACUACCACUUGAAGAACGCCAAGUGGAACCGGAAGGUCAACAACUUUUCCACCGAUGUAAAGGACGGCGAGAAUUACACAGUCCUGCUGAACCAGCUUAAGCCGGAGAUAUGCUCUCGGAGCCCGCUGCAGACCAACGAUCUUCUUCAACGAGCAGAGCAAGUACUCCAGAACGCCGACGCUCUCGGUUGCCGCAAAUUCUUGACCCCUACUUCCCUCGUUGCCGGAAAUCCUAAGCUUAACCUGGCUUUUGUUGCUAACUUGUUCAACACCCACCCUGGCUUGGAUCCCAUCACCGAGGAAGAGAAGGCGGACAUUGAUGAUUUCGACGCUGAGGGCGAGCGCGAAGCCCGUGUCUUCACGCUUUGGCUGAACUCCUUGGACGUCCAGCCCGUUGUACAGUCGUUCUUCGAAGAUCUAAAGGACGGAACCAUCCUUCUCCAAGCAUACGAUAAGGUUAUCCCUAACAGCGUCAACUGGCGCCACGUCAACAAGCCCCGGGAAGGACAAGAGCUCAUGCGCUUCAAAGCUCUUGAGAACACCAACUACGCCGUUGAACUCGGAAAGGCGAACUCUUUCUCCCUCCCCGGUAUCCAGGGUGCUGAUAUUACCGACGGCCAGCGCACACUCACCCUCGGCCUCGUAUGGCAGCUCAUGCGGCGAGACAUUGUCAGAACACUCCAGGGCUUAGCACAGCGCCUGGGCAAGCGCGAUAUUUCGGACGCGGACAUGAUUCGCUGGGCCAACGACAUGGCGAAGAGGGGCAGCGGAAAGGGCACCCAAAUCCGCUCGUUCAAGGACAACUCCCUAACCAACGCCAUCUUCCUGCUAGAUGUUCUAUCUGGGAUGAAGAGCAGCUACGUCGACUACGACCUUGUGGCACCAGGCAGAAAUGACGACGAGUGCUACCAGAACGCAAAGUUGGCCAUCAGUAUUGCGAGGAAGAUGGGCGCGACCAUCUGGCUUGUGCCCGAGGAUAUUGUGGCUGUGCAGAGCCGUUUGAUCACGACGUUUAUUGGGAGUCUGAUGGCGACGAGUGAACGUAUGGGCGGACAAUAG